AUGGUCAAAGAUACAAAAUUAUAUGACAUUUUGGGUAUAUUACCACAAUCAACUCAAGUGGAAAUUAAAAAAGCUUAUAGAUUAAAUGCUUUAAAAUUUCAUCCUGAUAAAAAUAAUCAUUCACAAGAAUCAACUGAAAAAUUUCAAGAAAUAACAAAAGCUUAUGAAAUUUUAUCUGAUGAUUCUAAAAGAUCAACUUAUGAUCAAUUUGGUGAUUUAGAUGAAUUAGAUGAUGAAUUAAAUAAUCCAAAUAAUCCAAAUCAUUUUAAUAAUCAAAAUCAAAAUCAUAAUUCAAAUCAACAAAAUCCAUUUUCAAUGAGAGCUGAUGAUUUAUUUAAUCAAUUUUUUGGUGAUUCAUUCUUUAGUUCUUCAUCAUUUGGUUCAAGUUUUACAAAUCAACAACAUCCUCAACAUCAACAAGCUACAUCAUCAUCAACAUUUAAUACCAAUGGAUUCCAACCAACACAACAACAAUCAUCACAACAGCAAUCAUCACAACAACAACAACAGCAGCAACAAACUAGACCCAAUAGACGUGGUAUUGAUAUAAAACAUAAAUUAUCUGUAUCAUUAGAAGAUUUAUAUUAUGGGAAAUCAACAAAAUUAGCCCUUUCAAGAACAAUUUUAUGUAAAGCAUGUGAUUCAAAAGGUGGUACCAAAAUAAAUAUUUGUAAUCAAUGUAAAGGUUCAGGUAUUAUAGUAAUGUCAAAACAAAUGGGUCCAUUAAUUCAAAGAUUUGAAUCAACUUGUCAAUCUUGUGGUGGUUCAGGAAAUUUCAUAUUAGAAUUAUGUUCUAUAUGUCAAGGUGAUAAAACAAUUGAAGAACGUAAAAUUUUAAAAUUAAAUAUUCCACCAGGGACAAUGAAUGGUGAAUCUAUUGUUUUCAAAAAUGAAGCUGAUCAAGGGAUUGAUAUAAUACCUGGUGAUGUUGUUGUUUCAAUUGAAGAAAAAAAUCAUCAAUUUUUUAGAAGACAUAAUGAAGAUUUAUUCACAAGAGUUAAAAUUGAUUUAUUAACCGCCCUUGGAGGUGGUUCUUUUGGUAUUCAUCAUAUAAAUAAUGAUUGGUUAAAAGUUGAAAUUGUACCUGGAGAAAUUAUAAAACCAAAUUGUUUAAAACAAAUUCCUGGUUAUGGUAUGCCUAAAAAAACCAAUCCAACGGAAUUUGGUGCCUUGGUUAUUCAAUUUGAUGUUGAAUUCCCUACCCAGAAUCAAAUUGAUCAAACAACUUUACCAUUUUUAGAAAAAUCAUUACCACCAAGACCUGCAUUAACAAUUCCACCAAAUGUUGAAGUUAUUGAAAAAAUUUUAAUGGAUUAUGAUCCAUCAACAAAAAAUUAUUAUAAUUAUAAUCAAAAUACCAAUAACAAGUUUAAUAAUAGUAAAAAAAGAAGAGUUGGUGAAGAUUCUUCAUCAAGUGAUGAUGAAAAAGAUCUUGAAAAUGGUGGAUUUUUCAUGAAUGGUGGUGGUAAUAAUAAUGGAAUUGGUUCAAAUAAUGAAAAUAAUGAACCUAAAAAUGAUGGUAAUAAUAAUGGUGGUAAUAACAAUGGUGGCAUAAAUUUAAAAAAUGAAAAAUUAAAUGGAUUUAGUGGUGAUGGAAAUGGUAAUAUGAAUGGGUUUGCAAAAGAUGAUGUUCAAUGUUCUCAACAAUGA